GAGUGUCAUUUAUAUGUUUUUAGAGGUGUUGUAUGGUGUUAGCCAAGAAAAUUCUGAUUGUUUUGAGCGGCAAGGGCGGAGUGGGAAAGUCAACGGUGGCAUGUCAGAUCGCACUGUGCUACAAGGAGCAAGGCCUCAAGGUCGCAUUCCUGGACAUCGACCUGUGCGGACCCUCGAUUCCCAAGAUGCUCAAUCUGCAUAACAGUUCUGUAGUCCAGUCCACAUGCGGAGCCUGGGUUCCCGUGUUUUACCAGCCCUGCAAAGCCUCCUCGCAUGCGACCAAUGGAACAGUCAAUAGUACUGAGUCGAAGCAUAAACACGGCAGUCUUGAAGUGAUGUCUAUAGGGUUCUUGCUAAAUAGCGACACAGACGCCGUUGUUUGGAGGGGUCCCAAGAAAAACGCGAUGAUUAAACAGUUUUUAACGGACGUGCAGUGGUCUGAGAAUCUGGAUCUACUUGUAAUUGAUACGCCCCCCGGAACAUCAGACGAGCACAUGUCGAUCGUGGAACAUAUCAAGUCACUUCUAGACAAUGAGAAAAUGUUUUCCGAAAAUGUCGGCGCUGUUUUAGUGACCACGCCACAAGCUGUAAGUGUUCAUGAUGUGCAGCGAGAAAUCAGUUUUUGCAACAAAUGUGGGCUGGAAAUUGUAGGAAUCAUUGAAAAUAUGAGUGGGUUUAUAUGUCAACAUUGCAGUCAUUGCUCCAACAUCUUUUCCCAAGGAGGUGGAAAAUCUCUAGCAGCUAAGAAAAAUAUUCAGUUUUUGGGAUCAAUUCCGGUUGAUUCAAAUUUAGCUCUCGCUGUGGACAAAGGCGAGAACUUCUUGCGAGCUUUCAAUUCUAGUGUGGCGGUUGGAUUUAUUGAGCAGAUUAUUUUAAAACUGAAUGUAUCCUUUUUCGAAAUUGAUCCCGCCGGCAAGGCUAAUUUGAGCUCAUGAAGUGUAGAUGGACAUAACUUGUAAUUGAUUUGUAAUUUUACUCAAUAUGAAGAUGAGGUAUUAAAUUAGUUAACCGGGUGCCCCACUUGAGAUUUCAAAUAUAUGCAUUAAUAUAUAUUUGGAAACUAA